AUGGCGACGCCGCAGCGGCGGCACCGGCCGCCCCUGCCCGACGGCACGGCGGCGCCGCCCCACUGCCAGGCCGGCCACGACGAGGGCGGCGGCCGGCGAGCGGGCCCGCCCCUCAUGUCCGUGGCCGUGCGGGUGAAGCCCUCGCCCGGGGCCGCCCCGGAGGACGUGGCCGUCUGGGCGGAGCCGCCGGAGUGCGGCGGCGCACGGCAGAGGAGAAGAUCUGCUGCCACCGCGGCUACAUGCUGGAGGAGAGUACGAGUUCUCCAGGGUCUUCGGCCCCGCGGACGACAACCGGGCGCUGUUCCACGAGCUGCAGGGCCCGGCGCUGACCGCGAGCGUCUUCGGCGGCGUGAACGAGACGCUCUUCGCCUACGGGCAGACGGGGAGCGGGAAGACGCACACCAUCUUCGGCUCGGCGGAGGAGCCGGGGCUGUUGGAGUUGUUCGUGCAGGCGUCCUUCCAGGAAGCGGGCGCCUCCCCGGGAAGCACCAUCCACGCCUGCUGCUACGAGGUCCUCGGCGACACGCUGACCGACCUCGUCAACCCGCAGAGGCUCAUCGAGCAGGGGGACCUCAUCAGCGAGGACGUCGUCAGCGACGAGAUCUUCGUCAAGACGCAGCUGUGCCGGUACCAGAUUGUGCGCGUCGCCCGCGUGGAGACCUGUCUGGACCUCCUCGGCGAGGCGCGCGCGAACCGGACCGAGGGCGUCUCCUCCUGCAACCCGAGCUCGUCCAGAUCCCACGCCGUGGUGCACCUCUUCGUGCAGAACCCCGCCGGCGGAUUGCCACGCAGCCCCGCUGGGCACCAGGACCCAUGGGUGUCACGCAGAGCACCAUAGGGGCACUCACGCUCGUGGACCUGGCGGGGACGGAGAAGGAGCACGAGAACCCCUCCGUGCAGGGAAAGAAGUCAGCGCGGCUGCUGAACACGUCGCUGUCAUCCCUGAACCGGCUGCUCCGCAAGCUGCAGACGGGUAGCCUGGACGAGUCGGAGCGGAGGCAGAGCGUGCUGAACAAAUGCUUGUGGGAGUACUUGCGACCGGGUUGUGGGAUUGCGAUGGUCUUCUGCGUGAGCCCGCUGGCGCGCCAUCGCUCGAUCACGCUGUCCACCCUGGCCAUGGCCACGGAUUCCAAGUUGAUACACAAUCAGCGAAAGUCCCACUACAUCCAGAUCCCUGCGCAGAGCCAGCUCUCUGGCGCCCGUCCGACCGUGCAGUCCACGCCGUCGCAGUCUCCGCGUUCUGCGCGUUCGUCGCUGCAUUCGCCGCAGGCGGCGAGCAGUGGGUCACGGGGCACGCCGCGGAUCACUUCGGUGAGGGCAGCGAGCACUGGGGCCUCCGCGGCCACCGGGCGCGUGCCCGAGUUUGGUGCCCCGACGCGCUCCUCCAUAGCAAGCAGCAGGCUCUGCACAACAAAGCACGAGGCUGACGAGCUCCGGUCCGCCAAGGAUCUGGAGGCGCUGGCCGGGUUCGACCUCAGCUGCCCGCAGGCGAUCCGCGACCUGGCGCUACAGAACACGACCCUGCGGCGCAAGCUGCACCGCGUCAGGGCCAAGAGCGCGGAGCGCAUCGAGCGCGCAGAGCGGGACCGCGAGCAGCUCGGCGCGGACCUCGCCAUGACGCAGCAGGAGUGCGAGUCGCUGCGCGCGCUGUUCAUUCGGCAGCAGCAGCAGCAGAUCGCCUUCUGGACUGGGCCCUUCAUGAGCAUGAUCGCGCCCAGGGACGCCGCGGCCGCGCCCUACGACGAGCCCGCGCCUCGGCAGCGGCUGUCGCAGGGGGCGGCAGACGCUGGGCACUGCCCGACUAUCGUGUGGUCGCCAAAGGGCAGCCGCGGCGAGGCUCGACGGCACCAACCCUGGGCCAGACCACGCGUGUCGAGCCGGUCUGGUAACGGAUGCACGGUUGGCGUCGCCCAACGAGGGCUCGCCCCCGAGGGCAUCCGCGCACACCCCGCCCGCGCUGGCACCUGCCGCCUGCGGCAGCGGCGCUGUGCCGCCCGCGGCCCCUGCGGCUGCCGCCUCGGCGCGGGCGCCGCCGGAGGGCUCAGGGCCUGCUUUCGGCGCGGGGGCGACGCCGCCGGUGGUCACGCCGCCCGCCGCCGGGGGCGGCGGGAGCUCCUGCCUCGACAGCCUUCGGCUGGAGCGCGACUACUGGCGCUCCGUGGCCAGCGACCUGAAGAGGGAGAUGCACGGCGAGGCCCCGAAGUGCGGCGACAGGAAUUCGCAGGAAGGCUCGCACAGGCCCUGCGCUGCCAAGGCGCCCGGCCUGUGGGAUUGUGGGGGCAGCAGCACCUCCCAGACGGUGCACGAGAGCGUCGGCGAUCCCUCGCGGACUGCAUGGUCGGACACCGGAAGCGAGCUGAGCUCGAGGUCUCUGGCGGCAGAGGCCUGAUGCCGGCUUGCACGGGGCACCCUUCACCUGCUGGUGCCGUUGUCUGAGGAUCGUCUCUCAGACUGUGUGCUGUGCGGCGCGCAAGUCGUCUUGCAGCCCCCGUCCACUUUUUCGGAGUAAGUUUGGACAUGUAGUCACAAUUCACCGUGUCUGCCGAGCCUUUUUGGAGUCCCCUUUG